GUGUGUGAAACUGAGAGAUGCAGUCUCUGUGCCUCAGCAUCAUCAGAUUUUCUGCUGCAGAUGCUACACUAGCUCAUCUCCGCACUAGAGCGCUACCGUGACACACACGCACGCUCAGACGCACACAGCUGCGGCUUUCAAGAGGAGCCCCAAGAAUCCCAUCAAAGGUCAACAGAGGGACACUGGAAAAGUUGCUGAGGGCAGAGGUUGUGACAGCUCAGGCUGAAGAUCAGAGGAGGAGUGAGAGCCAUAAACGCGGCAUCAUGGGCGAGUGGACUAUAUUGGAGAGAUUGCUGGAGGCUGCGGUACAGCAGCACUCUACUAUGAUCGGCAGGAUCCUGCUGACAGUGGUGGUGAUAUUCCGGAUCCUGAUCGUGGGUAUAGUGGGAGAGAAGGUGUAUGAGGAUGAACAGAUUAUGUUUAUAUGUAACACGCUGCAACCGGGUUGCAACCAGGCCUGCUACGAUAAAGCCUUCCCCAUCUCCCAUAUCCGUUACUGGGUUUUCCAGAUCAUCUUGGUGUGUACACCCAGCCUCUGUUUUAUCACUUACUCAGUGCACCAGUCUGCCAAGUACAAAGAUCGCAGUUACUCCCUCCUGCACGGCCCAUACAUCGACCAUGGACACACGCCGAGCCGCAAGCUCCGCAACAUCAACGGUAUCCUGGUGCACCCGGAAAGCAAAGAUGACCCUGACUGUCUGGAUUUGAAAGACAUUCCCAACAUUCCGCAGGGGGUCACAUACUCCAAAAGUGCCAAGAUCCGUCAGCAGGAGGGCAUCUCCCGUUUCUAUGUCAUACAAGUGGUGUUCCGGAACGUUCUGGAAAUCAGCUUUCUUGUCGGCCAGUACUUCCUGUAUGGAUUCAAUGUUCCCGCCAUGUUUGAGUGUGACCGCUACCCUUGCGUGAAGGAGGUCGAAUGCUACGUGUCACGUCCCACGGAGAAGACAGUUUUCCUGGUGUUCAUGUUCGCAGUUAGCGGGCUCUGUGUGGUGCUAAAUUUGGCUGAGCUCAACCAUCUGGGCUGGCGGAAGAUUAAGACAGCCAUCCGUGGCGUCCAGGCUCGCAGAAAGUCCAUUUGUGAGAUCCGGAAAAAGGAUGUGUCCCACCUUUCCUCAGUGCCCAACCUGGGCCGCACCCAGUCUAGCGAAUCGGCCUAUGUCUGACAGCGAAUAGGGGAGGGGCUUAGACAAGGUUGGGAGUGGCUGAUGAGGCGACGGCCACGCCCUGUGCUGCACACUUGACACUGCAUAUUUUUUUGCAUAGUUUGGACAGGUGAGAGAGGGGUAGGGUGAAAACAAAAAAGCAAACGGAUGAGGGAGGACUGGAGGAAAUCAGAUUUGGCAUUCUCAACAUUAUGGAGAAAAAAACUGCUUUUUCAGACUUUAAUGGUGAGCGCUGGGGAACAGAACGGGACUCAUACUUAAUUGACAAACACGUAUACACCACACACACUCACACACAUACUGAUAUUCCUGAGCCUCACUUAACAACAAAAGUCUUCCAACAGAAAAAGAGACAUUUAAGAAACAAAACUGAUUUGAGUUGCUUGAUGUCAAAAGAGAUGGAAAGAUGGAGGGAUAAGGCUAGAGAGCAGCUCAGCAUGUGACUCAGAAACAUUGUAAAAUAUGAAAAAUGUUCUCCAGGGUCAAUGCUGAGACAUCCCUCAUGUUUUGAACAACCAGAAAGAAAAAAAGGGAGGACAAACAAGAGUAUAAAACUGUACCUCAGCACAGACUCCUCUACGCCUCUCCCCCACUUUCUCUCUUUUGUUUUCUCUGUCUCUUUCUGCAUAGUUUUAUAGAUAUAGCUAUUAAAUAUUCAAGGCAAGAAGAGAAAAAACUAACAUUCAUCUUCUGAUAAACCACCCCCACAUUUGCUGGAGGGCCAUAAGAGACUCCAUCCUCGUGCAAAAAUCAACAUUGACACACCACAGUCCCCAGUCCAAAUCCCGGAAUUCCUUUCUCCAACCCCUCCAUUCAUUACUGUACAUAUCUCAGAAUAUCGAUAUUACAUCAUCAAUGUAUUUCACACAUUGAAGUGUAGCUUUUGCCAUUAUUUAAAAAGAAUUACACAUUGAUUGCCAAAAACAAAAAA